AUGGUUGGCGGCUCGUGCGCUCGCAGGUUGGCCCGCCGCUCGCGUUCCGCCUUGAUAGCGGCUCUCACCGUGCUGCUGGUCCAGACGCUGAUAGUGUGGAACUUCAGUAGCCUCGAUUCCGGGGAAGAACGGGAAAACGGCGGCGGUGGCGCGUCGAACAUGAGGGAGAAGAGAGACCGGGUCGGCGGCGGUGGCUACAAAGGCAGCAGCGAGUAUAUGAAGCGCGAGGUUCAGCUACAGCACCAUCCUCCACAAGGGAAAGGAACGGUUCGUCACAUACAGCAGCCGGAUGGCUACUAUUCCCACCGCCCCAAGGAGAAAGUCAGAGUGGACAGCAACAAUGAGAACUCUGUGCCCAAAGACUUUGAGAACAUAGACAAUAGUAACUUUGGCGCCCGUUCGCAGCCCCAGCGCCAGCCCCCAGGGGGCGCUAACAGUAACAAACACAGGGAGAGGCUGCAGGAGAAGGCCCAUGCCGAACAGGCAACCUGGAAGGAUAACGCUCCGAUUCUGAGCCAGAGCUCCAACGAGGUUCUCCAGUACGGACGAGCCGUAGCCCAGAAUGGCUCACUUCCUGUGGGCCCGAAAGCGGUUGGAGCCGGGGUGGGCUCCAGGAACCACCACAGCCGCUCUUCACAGCCACAGAGCCAGGGUCAGGCUCAGACUUACCCCCAGUCGCAGUCCCACCCCCCGACUCAACAUAGACACCAACACCAGCAUCAAACCAAGAAGCAGGCGACUGCGGCUCCAUUGGAGGUCGUUUACGACCAGCCGCCCAAGUGUGAGAUCAGUGGGAAGGAAGCCAUUUCGGCUCUGUCCAGAGCCAAGACCAAGGAGUGCCGGCAGCAGAUAGCUGAAGUGUACUGCAGACACAAGGAAGGUCAACUGAUGCCUGAGAAGGUCACCCGCUACUGUCCCAUAGAGGAUAAGGAUGAGCCCAGUAGUUACACGUGUACGACCUGCAAGCAUCCGUUCAGCAGUGCCUGGUUCCUGCUCCAGCACGCCCAGAACACCCACGGCUUCCGCAUCUAUCUGGAGAGCGAGCCAGGCAGCCCCCUCACCCCCAGGGUAGCCGCCCCGCCCGGGAUGGGGGGUGACUGCACCUCCCAGCCCCCCCUCCACGGUGUCCACCUGGCCGAUGGGAGCCCCUUCAGUCUGCUGAGAUUGCCUGGGUCCGGGUCUGGCCGGGAAGGGGCCACCUCUGUCCCCCACGAGGGGCGCUAUCCCCGGACGCCUCCUCUGUUUAGUCCGCCUCCACGGCACCACCUGAGCCCGGAGAACCUGGCGCUGGCCACCCAUCACCCGAGCGCCUUCGACAGGGUGAUGCGGCUCAACUCAGUGGUCCUGGACCCACCACCAGCCAUGGACUUCUCAAGGAGACUGCGGGAGCUGGCGGGUAACCCCACGGGGGCCUCCCCACCCCUGUCGCCCAACAAGCCCAGCCCUAUGCAACGGCUGCUGCAGCCCUUCCAGCCGGGCUCCAAGCCCCCCUUCUCAGCCACGCCUCCCCUCUCCACCUCCCAGUCGCCAUCGUCUGGCUUCCGCUCCACCCCCAACCCGGCCCAGCCUACCACGCCGCUCAAGGCCAAGUCGUGCGAGUUCUGCGGGAAGACCUUCAAGUUCCAGAGCAACCUGAUCGUGCACCGGCGCAGCCACACAGGAGAGAAGCCCUACAAAUGCCACCUGUGCAACCACGCCUGCACCCAGGCCAGCAAGCUGAAGCGCCACAUGAAGACGCACUCUCAGAAGAACUCCCUCAACGCCAAGUCGAAUGACGGCCUGUCCACCGCCAGCUCACCCGACCCAGGCACCAGCGACCUGGUGGGCAGCGCUACCAGCGCCCUCAAGUCCGUGGUGGCCAAGUUCAAGAGCGAGAACAACGGGCUGCUUGAGAAUGGUGAGGAGGAAGAGGAAGAAGAAGAGGAGGAGGAGGGAGAUGAAGAGGAAGAGGGAGAUGAGGAAGAUGAGGAGGAAGAGGAGGAAGAAGGAGAGGAGGCAGAGGAAGAGAUGGAGACUGAGGAAGGUGAGAAGAACGAUUAUCAUUUCAGCCUGCUGUUGGAAGGGGCCCGGCACCACCAGAACAGCCAGGCCCUCCACCCCCACUCCCAUCCCCACCGACGGAGCACUCCCCGGGACGCCUGUGAAGAGGACUUGGCCCUGGAGUCGGACCGGGCCGACGAGGUCUGUGGCACCACCCCAACGGCCAAUGGCCUGGGUCCUCUCUCUAAUGAGGCCCUGACCAGGAAACUCCUGAUGGGGAGCCCCGGGUCCCUCAGCACCAUGACCAAGCGUAUCAAGGUGGAGAAAGAACUGGAUCCUCCCACGCCCACCAUCCCCAACACAGAUAACGUCUACUCCCAGUGGCUGGCCGGCUAUGCCGCCUCCCGACAACUCAAGGACCCCUUACUCAGCUUUGGAGAGUACUCCACCAGACAAUCGCCCUUCGCCACAUCCUCUGAGCACUCCUCCGAGAACGGCAGCCUGCGCUACUCCACGCCUCCCGAGGAGCUGGAUGGCGGCUGCGGGGCCUCGGGCCACAGCGGGACGGGGAGUGGGGCCAGCACCCCCCACCUGUCAGGGAGUGGCGGGCGCCCCAGCUCCAAGGAUGGCAGCCGGCGGAGCGACACGUGCGAGUACUGCGGCAAGAUCUUCAAGAACUGCAGCAACCUGACAGUGCACCGGCGCAGCCACACGGGAGAGAGGCCCUACAAGUGCGACCUGUGCAGCUACGCCUGCGCCCAGAGCAGCAAGCUCACUCGCCACAUGAAGACCCACGGCCAGAUGGGCAAGGACGUUUAUAAAUGUGAAAUCUGCCACAUGCCUUUCAGUGUGUACAGCACUCUAGAGAAACACAUGAAGAAGUGGCACAGCGAUCAACCCAUGCCAACCAACCUGGAAAUUAAGACUGAGUAGGGGAGGCAGGGCAGCUCCCUGAUUCGCUGAAUCAUGGCAAAAGGUGGGGAGACUGACAGGGGUUAGACACCAGUCAAAAACCCUGUACCUUUGAAAAAGCUGAUCCAUAUUUGGGGCAAUACUAUUGCAUCGGACACAAAAACUUUUGAGCCUUUCUAUUGUGCAAUAAUUUACAUGUUUUGUACUUUUGUAACUGGACGGCAUGCUCAGUGUGUUUUGGCUACUUAGAUAAAAUUGUCCUUCAUUGGUUGGUUGUAAUUGUGUUGCUGUUGGUUGGUACUUUUGAUUUUAAAAAAAGAAAAAGAUUAGAGGAAG